AUGAGACCCGCUCAUGCACCUGGGCCCACAUUCCUCAGCUACACACCGAAUGGCAGAAAGCUCGUCACGGCAGGUCUCAAUGGCGCUCUCCGCGUGUUCGAACAUGGCUCCGACGACGAGCCUGCGAUUAUCGAUGUGCACACCGAGAGCCACCUUGCGACAGUAGCUACGGACGACUUCUUCGUCGUUGGCUGCGAGGACGGAUCAGUCACGAAGUACUCUCUGGCCACCAACAAAAUGGAAGAAAUUCUACUACGAUGCACUGCACCAGUCCGCGACCUUGCACUGUCUCCGGAUGGACAGUGGGUCGCUGUAGCUAGUGAUGAACUGGAAGUCAAGAUCGUCAAUACGAGCGAUAUGGAACGUGCGAUGUAUCUUCGAGAUCAGAUGCGACCGAUCAAGCAACUGUCAUUUGAUCGUACUGGGGCGACCUUGACCGCAUCCGGUACAGAUGGACUGAUAUAUGUGUACUCCCUCAGUUCAGAACAGCCUGUGCUGAUCAAGAGAAUCGAAGGCCUGAUAGGCAUGCUCGAGUCUGAUGCGGAGAAUGGUGCCAGGGCCACAUGGCAUCCUGAUGGCAGAGCUUUCGUAGUCGCCACAGACACCAAAGACUUGCAAGUGAUAGCUCGGAGCGAUUGGCAACGUCAGAAAGUGUUCUCAGGAGGCCACAAAGCUGCUGUGAGCGCCAUAGCAUGGUCACCGAAUGGCGCUUUACUGGCAAGCGCAAGUCUGGACAAGAGUCUCGUGCUUUGGGACGCUAGGACGCAGAAGAUACUGAAGACAUUCACUGACAUUCGUAAUCCGAUCCUCGACAUGCAGUGGCAUGCAAAGGAUAACGUACUGUCUUAUACGAACAACAAUGGCGAGCUCUUCAUUAGGGAAGAUUUCGUGCCUGAAGAGCACAAGAAGCUGCUUCGAGCUGACACCCAGCCAUCGCCACUAAAUAACGAUCCAUUGGCAGAGGUAUCCGGUAACGCUCGAAAACCGACGACAAAUGGCCACAAGCGUAGUGCAGAGGAAGACUAUCUUGAUGACCUUCUCGGACCAGACGCCAUGUCUGUGGAUGGAGACGGCUUCAUCGAAGACGACGAUGGCGCAGGAUAUGCUGAAGAGCCCAACCGCUUCGGCAAGCGUAGCGCGACGGACACUCUAGGUGCACCACAGACCAAGCGGCAUACCUCGUCGUACGGUGCGUGGCAGCCACAGUUCCAUGACGCCUUUCAGCCAGGCAGCACCCCUUGGAAGGGCAGUCGUCGAUAUCUCUGUCUCAACCUGACAGGAUUUGUGUGGACUGUCGACCAAGAGACACACCAUACUGUGACAGUAGAGUUCUAUGAUCGCCAAGAACAUCGCGACUUCCACUUCACGGAUCCUUACCGCUACGACAAGGCAUGCCUCAACGAGAAAGGCACGCUCUUCUCGUGCCCAGCCUCUUCACAUCAUCCGGCAAUCAUAUAUUACAGGCCUCACGAGACGUGGACUGCACGUAUGGACUGGCGAACACAAUUACCUACGGGUGAAGAGGUCACAUCAUUGUCACUGAGUGACUCCUGUAUUGUGGCUACGACCUUUGCUGGAUAUGUGAGGAUAUACAGCUUGUUUGGCUUGCCACUGAAAGUCUACAGACAGAAAAGCACACCAGCUGUUGCCUGUGCGAGCUGGCGUGACUAUGUCAUGACGGUCGGCAAUGGACCGGUUGGUGGCGACGGCACCACCAGGCUGUUGUACACCAUCGAGAACGUCAAGCGAGACGAGAUAUGCCAAAGCGAGGAUAUUUUGCCGAUGCCGCAAGGCGUCCAGCUCAGGGGUGUACUGUUCAGUGAUAGAGGCGACCCAUGUGUCUACGACAGUGACGGUGUGUUGCUGGUGUUAUUACACUGGAGGACACCAGGGCAAGCACAGUGGGUACCCCUCCUCGACACUAGGACUCUAGAACGACUUCAGGCCGGCAAGAAGGAAGAGAGCUACUGGCCUGUGGCUGUGGCAGAUGAUCGCUUCCAUUGCAUCAUCCUCAAGGGAGGCGAGCAGUACCCAUACUUCCCAAGGCCACUCCUGUCAGACUUCGAGUUCAAAAUACCUGUCAGUAUGCAGGUGCAUGGAGAAUAUGCCGAGGAAGAAGCACACCAGAAAGGGCUGGAAGAGCUCUUUGUCCGUAAUACAGUGCAGCACUCUCUGUUGCUCGACCUGGUGGAGAACACUCAUGCCACGUCGGCACAGAAAGCUGACGUAUCCGCCAUGGAGCGAGAAGUUGACAAGGCUCUUCUCCAGUUGUACGCAGCUGAGUGUCGCGAAGGGGAGGAGCGCGGAAUGAAAGCAUUUGAGAUUGCCACGCUCAUGAUGGAUAGGACAGGCAAGAUGCUGGAAGCUGCUGGAAAAGUAGCACAGCGUUUCUCACGCGACAUCCUCAGCGAGAAAAUUACGGAACUCGCUGAGCGUCGCAUGGUCGGGCUGGUCGAUGAUGCUGAUUGA